AGCUCGCGCAUUUCUUCGAAGGUACCCCCUAGUCCCGGGACCAAAGGCCUCGACCUUUCGUCCAUGUCUAAGCACGCACUCAACGACAAAUCUAGGAACCCCAGGGGGGCUUGCCUCCCAGAGGCAAGUUGAAUGUCAAUGGUCCGCAUUUUCCACCUAAGUCUGUUUCGAUUAUAUCAAGUAUGGCACUGGCUUAUUGGGGCGGUAGGACUGGUCGAUACCAGCGAAUCCCCCGUCACCCAACCUGUCAGAGGAGACGUACGCCUGGCGUCAUCCAACUCAGACGCGCAGACAUGCCCGACGAGUCGCAAGCGAAGAACAUUCUUUGCCGUUGGCCCAGCCACAGCGGUCGUCAAUAUGGAGUCAUCAGGUAACACAGGAUGCCCCAAGAACUUGAGAUCGGAU